UGAAACACAGAAAAACUUUUCGCUCUAUGCCUGACCUCAGGGUGCUGCCACCUAACCUAACCUGCAAUAUUGUCACAUUGUCAGAUAUUUUCACCGAUUGUGUAUUUGCGGUUUACUAGCGUUAUCUAUUGUUUUACGAAUAUAUCUACCAACAUGGAUUUAAACAAAGGCAAACGAGCACGCGGAAGCAAUUUCACCAAGGAGGAGGUACUGCUGCUGGUUCGUAGUGUCUCGAAGCUUCAAGACAUUAUAGAAUCACAAGUUACGGAUAAAGUAAAUAAUCAAGAGAAGAAUGAGGCUUGGCAAAAGGUUAGAGAGUAUUUUUGUGCCAGUAACAAUACAGUCCGAUCUGUUGAGCAACUAAAAACAAAAUAUGAGAACCUCAAAGCGAAAGCGAGGAAAGUGGCAGCGCAGCAAAGGAGUUUCAUUACUGGCACAGGAGGUGGAUCAGGGAAGGUAGAACCUCUAGACCCAGUCCUAGAGGCAAUUCUAGAGAUAAUUAAUAAAAAGACUGUUGUUGGGCUGCAUUCUCCAUGGGACAGUGAUAGUCAAAUAACUGUUACAUCAGUAGUAAUUGAACAUGAAAAUGUCACUAGCUCAAAUGUGGUAAGGGCAUAUAAUAGCAAUCAAGCAUAUUCAGCAAUCUACCUCUAAACAAAAAAGCGACGAUGAGGAUAAUGGAAAAAUUGGAUUAAAUGACGCUGAACCACCCUCAGCUUCAAAGAGCUGGGGAAAUUACACACCAAGGAAGUUGAAGACGCCCAUGUCAAAAAGACUUAGACAGACGAAUUCUACUAACAAAAAUAUAUUUUAGGAAAAAAAAAUUAUAUUCGCAGAAGAAGAAAUUAAAAAAAGCAGACUAGAACAAGAAGACAUUCUGAUCAAGAGAAAGAGGGAUGCAGAGAAACACGAGUGGGAAGGGGAACUACAUAGAAAAAACUUGAACAUUUAGAAUUAGAAAUAGAAAUAAACGAAGAAUGCUUAACAAUUAGUUGUAUUGAAUAUAGAUUUGUUAUAAAUUGGCGAAGUAUUCAUUUAUUAACAUCUGUCUAACAACCUGGCCUGAGCGAUUGUCAUAUCCAACAUUACCCUGUUCAUUUAUUUCCUCAUCUUCAGAAUGAUCGAUCCACUCUUCAGGUAUUGCUUCAUUCUCUUCUAUAGCAAUAUUAUGUAGGACAUCUGUGGCGACAAUUAUUGCC